AUGGCCACCAGCUGUUGGUUCACUUUCUUAGCAGCCCUUUCCGUCAUUUCAAUCGGCGUGCGAGCCGUCCCUGCCCCACGUACCCUGACAGCCCGCCAGGAUGCCGUUACGCCCCUACCUUCGGCGGAAAUAGCCGCAUUCAAGCCGUAUACGUGGUACGCGAGCACUGCGUACUGCGAACCCUCAUCCACCAAGGCCUGGAACUGCGGUGAAAACUGCAACGCUAAUCCUACCUUCAAGCCGGUCGAAUCUGGAGGAGUCGUCAAUGAGACUCAGAACUGGUAUGUCGGGUAUGAUCCCACCCUCAACGAGGUCAUCGUUGGCUUAUCACCAGGCGACCUUCCCUUUAUAAUUGAUCUUGAAGUCAUCCUUGUACCAUUGGACGCUGAACUUUUUCCCGGUGUCGACCCAAAUGUUCUGGUUCACGCGGGCUUCGCCGCAACCCAAAACAGGCACGUUCCCCCUUGGCUGUCGGCUCCUGGAGUAAUAGCAGCUGUGAAGGAGGCGCUAUCUCUCUACCCUACUGAGAACGUUACUGUUGUCGGACAUUCACUUGGCGAGUUCUCACUUGCAGUGAUUGCAGUCCUGUGUCCUCACUUACCUCUUGGUACAGGUGCCGCUACUGCACUUCUGCAUGCUGUGUACCUGCCUCUUCAUCUGCCUUCGGACGUGAACGUUCGCUACAUCGGAUAUGCAUCGCCUCGGGUUGGUAACCAAGCUUGGGCCAAUUACGUCGAUUCAUUGCACAUAUCCACGACUCGCAUCAACAACAAAGAAGAUCCUGUACCAGUCCUCCCUCCUAUCGAGGUCUUCGGGUACCACCAUGCCAGCGGCGAAGUCCGUAUCCGCGACGACGAUAUUUGGGUCUCUUGCCCGGGCCAGGAUAACCCCAGUGAUCAGUGCAGCACUGGCGCUGUUAACUUUUUGAACUCCAAUGCUACUCAGCACCCAGGCCCGUACGACGGAGUGACCAUGCAAUGCUAG